AUGCUGCUCUCCAUUGGGAUGCUCAUGCUGUCAGCCAGCCACACAGGUACACCCAUCUUGACUGUCCAGCUCUUUGCAUCCCUAAACCUGCUGCCUGUAGAAGCAGACAUUUUAGCAUAUAAUUUUGAAAAUGCAUCUCAGACAUUUGAAGAUCUCCCAGCAAGGUUUGGCUAUAGACUUCCAGCGGAAGGUUUAAAGGGUUUUUUGAUUAACUCAAAACCAGAGAAUGCGUGUGAGCCCAUCAUGCCUCCGCCACUCAGAGACAACUCCUCGGGCACGUUCGUUGUGCUCAUCAGGAGACUGGAUUGUAAUUUUGAUGUAAAGGUUUUAAACGCUCAGAGAGCAGGGUACAAGGCAGCCAUAGUCCACAAUGUCGAUUCCGACGACCUCAUUAGCAUGGGAUCCAACGACAUUGAGGUGCUAAAGAAAAUCGACAUUCCAUCUGUCUUUAUUGGUGAAUCAUCAGCUAAUUCCCUGAAAGAUGAAUUCACAUAUGAAAAAGGGGCCCACAUCAUCUUAGUUCCUGAGUUUAGCCUUCCUCUGGAGUACUACCUGAUCCCCUUCCUCAUCAUAGUGGGCAUCUGUCUCAUCUUGAUAGUCAUUUUCAUGAUCACAAAAUUUGUUCAGGACAGACACAGAGCUAGAAGAAACAGACUUCGUAGAGAUCAACUUAAGAAACUCCCAGUACAUAAGUUCAAGAAAGGAGACGAGUACGAUGUGUGUGCCAUUUGCUUGGAUGAGUAUGAAGAUGGAGACAAACUCAGGGUCCUUCCCUGUUCCCACGCGUACCACUGCAAGUGUGUAGACCCUUGGCUGACCAAAACCAAAAAGACCUGUCCAGUCUGCAAGCAGAAAGUUGUUCCCUCAGGAGACUCAGACUCUGACACAGACAGCAGCCAGGAAGAGAAUGGGGUGUCAGAGCACACCCCAUUACUCAGACCCUUGGCUUCUGUCAGCACCCAGUCGUUCGGGGCUCUGUCAGAAUCUCACUCCCAGCAGAACGUGACAGAGUCUUCAGACUAUGAGGAAGACGACAAUGGAGUCACCGACAGUAGUGACGCAGAGAACGACAUCAGCGAACACAGUGUGGUGGUCCAGCUGCAGCCGGGCGGCGAUCGGGAUUACAACGUAGCCAAUACCGUGUGACCUUCAGGUGACGGGCUCAUUCCCCAAAGUGUUUACUUAGGUUAUAAUUUGAUUUCUUGGCUCCCUGGAGAGAUUUCUGUAGAAGUAACUUAUUUUUAGUGCUCUAGUUUCAUAAGAUUACCGAAACAGACUUUCUGACUGGUACUCACCUGCAGGAGCACACUUCAGCUCACUAACAAGUAACAAACGGGUGCUGGAACUCAGGCAUCAAAUUAGCUCUUUGGGGACGGAAGAUAGUCACGUUUGUUUAAGCCCUAUCGCCUGCAGUAAGACCUGGAGCACAUGGAGUCAGUGCUGAGGCACUGAGCAUGAGUUAAGCCACCUCCUGCUGCCAUGUUCCUCCAGUUGAGUUGAAUGUGUUGGUCACUGUUUUCCAGAUUGCCAUCCUCAGUGACAGGUGACGGGUAACUUAGCACUUCCCUCUGUCAGCACCACAGAGAAACUCAAAGCUUUCCCUCUCCUCUUCCCAGUAGUCUUAUCCCGAUAGGAAAGAUCUGUACCUACUUAGAUUUCUUUGCUUUUCUAAGGUUUUUAAUACUGCAGUGUUACGGAUGAAUUUGACUCAAGUUAAAGUAAUGUCUCUGGACUUUACUUACCAGAUUUCUGUGUCCUUAUGGGUUCUUUGUUGCAAUCAAAGCAAAAACAAAACGCUGCAUACAAAUACCAAACUUCAGCAAUUGUUGCUACUCAGAUCAUAUACCUCUGAUAAAGAGCAGCUUGUGCUAAUCAGCCCUGCUAAACUGUGUGCCGAGGAAAGUUCAAGUACUGGAUCUGGAAGUAAGUGCUAUGUGUAACAGACUGAUGUAUUAAACAAUGUAUUCCGAAAAGCUAAAUUACAUUGCACACCACUCUAACUACGGAGAAAAUACACUUAUGUAUAAUCAAAAUGCUAAGAAUUUUUUAUGGCCUUGUAUGAGGGAGUUUGAAUGUUAAUAAAUAUGUUUUCCACUUUUAAGAACCUAUAAUGUUUG